AUGAUACUCAUCGUCGUCGAUUUCAACCUUCAUGGGAAAGAUCCAAACUCCCCACAUAAAAUUGUUGUGAAAUGUUGCGAGAAUUUAAAGAAUUAUUCACGACAUAUUGACAAGCUAAUUGAGAAACAAACGUCAAAAGAAUUAGAGAAUAAUCGGUUGCGGCUUAAAAUCUCAAUAGAGUGUGCUCGAUGGCUAGCAUUCCAAGCUUGUGCUUUUAGAGGUCAUGAUGAAAGCCUUGAUUCAAAAAAUAGAGGUAAUUUUAUUGAAUUGAUAAAAUUCACAUCAAUUUUCAAUGAUAAAGUAACUAGUGUUGUCUUGGAAAAUGCUCCAAGAAAUGCCAAAUAUACAUCACCCACAAUUAAAAAGGAGAUUUUGCAUAUUCUUGCUAGUAAUGUGCGAAAUGCUAUUCAUGAAAAAAUUGGGGAUGCAAAAUUUUGCAUUCUUGUUGAUGAAGCCUGGGAUGAGUCGAAGAGAGAGCAAAUGGCCAUCAUUUUGAGGUUUGUUGAUAAAGAAGGUUUCAUUAAAAAGUGUUUCUUUCAUGUUGUGCAUGUUAGAGACACUACUGCAUUGACUUUAAAAAAUGAGAUAUGUGCUGUCCUUUCUCAUUACAACCUCCACAUUGAAAAUAUUCGAGGUCAAGGAUAUGAUGGGGCUAGUAUCAUGCGUGGUGAAUGGAAUGGAUUACAAGCUCUUUUUCUUAAAGAUUGCCCAUAUGCUUAUUAUGUAUAUUGUAUGGCUCAUAGGUUGCAAUUAGCUCUAGUUACAGCAUCAAGAGAAGUAAAAGAUGUUCAUCAGUUCUUUGAUCAUUUGGUUAAUAUUAUCAAUAUUAUUGUUGGUUCUAGUAAGCGUAAUGAUGAACUGCAACAUGCUCAAGCAGAACAAGUUGAGAAUAUGAUUGCUUCUAAUGAAAUUGAGACUGGAAGAGGUGCAAAUCAGAUUGGUACGUUGCAACGAGCUGGAGAUACUAGGUGGGGAUAUCAUUUUCAAUCUAUUUGUAGUUUGAUUAAAAUGUUUGAUGCUACUUGCAAAGUUAUCAACACUAUCUCUGAGGAAGGGGCUAACUAUAAACAAUGCGAUGAUGCCAAAGGAGCUUAUCAGGUAUUAACAUCAUUUGAAUUUAUUUUAAUCUUGCAUUUGAUGAAAGAGAUAAUGGGAAUUACUAAUGUUCUUUGUCAGGCUUUGCAACAACAUUCUCAAGACCUUUUAAAUGCCAUGCAUUUAGUUUCAACUACAAAAUUACUUAUUCAAAAGUUGAGAGAUGAUGGAUGGGAGCCUUUACUUGCUAGUGUUAUAUCAUUUUGUGAGCAACAUGAAAUUGAUAUUCCUGAUAUGAAUGCUCGUUACACUAAAAGUCGAGGUAGAUAUCGUCGUCAAGAUGAAGAUUUAACAAUGGAACAUCAUUUUAGAAUUGGCAUAUUUACUGUUGCAAUAGACUUUCAAUUGCAAGAAUUGAAAAGCAGAUUUUGUGAGCUAACAACGGAACUUGUCAUUCUUAGUUCAGCUUUAAAUCCCAAGGAUGCUUUUAGAUUAUUCAAAAUUGUUGAUAUAUACAAUUUGGUUAAGAAAUAUUAUCCUUAA